AUGUCUUCCGCGAAGCUGAGAGUACGGGUGACUGACAUGCUUCGUAGCGUAGCACGGCGCACGUCAGUGCAGUUGGGCACUGGUGCAGCUUGCCUCGCGAUUCCUUCGCCCUCUGUUGUGUCACCCCGACUGCAAGUAGUGCCCUCUAACCCAACAGGGGUAACAUCUGUUCGUGCCUUCCCCCAGGCUUGUCACCUCCGCAUCCCUCACACACCCUCGAUCUUGCCUUGUGGCUCAUUGUCCACGGCACGUCGGUGUGUUACCCUGUACCCCAAAGCGUCGCGUAGAGUUGUUCGAAAUGGGAAAAAAAAGCACUUCAACUACCUCACAGCGGAUCGUAUGCUGCCACCGGAGAAGAAACUGUCGCGGCUGUCCAUUCGCAAUCGCGAUGAUGUGAGUCUGCGACGGCGCCGCGAUUACAAGCAGCAGCUAGUACGAGAUGUGGAGGAGAAGAUCCACUUUUUUCCUCCCAGCAUCAAGAAGCAGGUGUUCUUCCCACUCAUGACAAACUCCACCCGCGUGAGGCUCUUCCGCGGCAAUCGCGAAUAUGGGCUCCGCAUGUCGACUCGUGUCUUUAGCAUGCUCCUGGAUCAACUUUGCAAACGAGAGAAUCGAGACUUCAUCCUGGAGCAACUGGGCAAGCUUGGACUCGAGCUUCCCACCGCAGAGGACUGGGAGCACUUCGCCGACCCGGUGACGGGGGACAUUACAACGGGGAUUAUGUACUCCAACUGGGUCCAUUCCGUCUUGACCACCUACGGCCGCAUGUCAUUCACAGGCUCGACGCAUCUGCUGGCUGGGGGAGCGACCACGCUGUUUGCGUAUGUCAUACGAAACUACUUCAACCGCACCUUGGUGCCUCCGUUGGAGGACUGGUCGCGCCAAUUUGGCCCUGUCGCCGCCGAGGAGUUCUUGGGGCGGCCACGCGGCCAACAGAAGGUGAGUCUUGCCAUGUCCGAGGCAGUGUGCGAGGUGCGUGUGUGGGGCCGUACGCAGGCGCAGGAGGGUGUCUCGCGCCUCUCGCUGCAGGAGCAAGAUGAUCUCGUGAAGUGGGUGAAGAACAACUUGAAGAGCCACAUCGUGGAGAUGGAGAGAAAGAACGCCUUCGCUUCUAAGGUACUCGCAGUCCUGCACAGCCUGCCGGAGGCGAAGGCGGUCAAUAACUCGUUCUGGGUCUUUAAGGAGGCAAGGCGACUGGAGCAUGUAAUUAAAUUGAAGGGUGCCUUCUUUCCGCGGCAGAGCCGCGUGCGUAGUGAGUGGAGGCAGUUGUCGAUGGAGGAGAGGGCACGAUACUCGUGCUUUGGUCAAAAGCGCCAGACGGAGACGGCGUGUGGGCGCAAGCUCUUUAUUCGUUACUGCUGCCGAGACUACGGCUUUAGUUUGUCGAACGCGUCACAGCGCUACACCACCCUUGGCGACCUGCAGAAGGCUGCGCUGGACUUUCCCUUCUACUUUCCGCUCACCCCAAGCAACGCCGCCACGGCUGCGUUUCACCGCUUCUACGUUGCGAUGUGCGACCGAUACGGUAUGGUGCGCACCUACAACAACGGCAUCGGUAACCGACUCUUCAAGGCUGCCAUGCGCGAAAAAUGGGAUGCCCUCUCCAUGGAGGAGCGGCAACAGUACGAGGACCAUGACCAAAUUUAUGCGGUGUUUCCGCUUCAACCGACCACUGGAGAGGCAGUGUCAGGGAGCGCCGAAACAUCGACCUCGUCGGAGUCGCUGCCGACGAAGACGGCACCGUCGGCGGUGACACAGAGAAGUGAGGGCUUGACCACGCGAUGGGGUAAACCGGCCAAGUUGCUAACGCAGACACAACCGGUAAAAAUUGGGCCUCAGUACUUUGUGGAGGAGCGGCCGCCAUCGUUGAAGGUAGACGAUACCGCGCUCACUGCGGAGACGUUGCUAUUGAACCUUCGCCAGGCUGCGUACGGCAAACGCAGGAGGGGCCGCCCGCCAAAAUUGGCUGCGACGGACACUCAGCUUAAAGCAACCCCGGCUGGUGCAGAGACGGCAGCGGUGGCCGAUGAGCAGCCGCAGUCACAGAAGGAAAAAGAGGCGGGUGUCACGCAGGACAUGGAGGUGCCCGCGGCCGCGUUGAUGAGAAACCGUGGCCGCCGCAGGACGUCCGGUGUCACCCAAGGCGAAGGGUCGACGAGGACGCUGCAGUCAGCACUCCAAGUCGUCAUAAUCUGA